AUGCUGCUUACUCUCAAACCCUCUUCCCAGAACGGCGGGGUGAAAGGGCCUCAUGACUACGCCGUUGUCCGUCAGUCUAUGCCUGCCGCCCCACGAUCUUCCUCUUCGGCUGUCACGGAACCCCUAAGUUCGAUGGAGUCAUCUCAGAGUGGGCGACGUCCUCCAUCCUUGACUUUGCCUCCGCCCGAUGUCGGCUUCGCGGCCAUGAACGCUAUGAAGCAUCAUCAUUCCCUUCCGCCGCCUCCGCAACGGCAGGGCUCCGAUGCGUCCUACGCCUCCUGGCUCGAAGCGAGAGCGGAGGAGGAUCGGAGGAAGCAGGAGGAGGAGAAGACCCGCCAGGAAUCGCUGCGGCUCGAGCAGCGCCGUAUCGAACAGAGUAUGCUGCGGGAUUCCUUGCACGCCGGCGUGCCUCCGCACAUGAUCCCGCUCAUCUUCGCCGGCAUCAGUCAAGGCGGCAUGCCCCAGUCCGUACUGGAAGUCACUCAGCAGUAUAUGGCUCAACCGCCGCCUCCCCCUCCGCCUCGGGCGCCAGCUGCCCCUCCGCCGCCAGGCCUGCCGCAUUCGCAACGGCGGGUCUCCCACGCCCAUCGAGACUCUUGUUCGAUUCCCCCCAGUGUCUACAGGCCCCCGUCGGUGCAACCGGUGGGGCCCGCAGUCCUUUUGUCCCAACCGGUACAGUCUACUACCAGCAACUCUUCGACUGCUCAAUCGCUUGGGAGGCCCUCGAACUCCAAUGGCCCUGCGGAUCUCCGAGCUGUGUCCCGAGUCAGCCUCAGUGAGUCACAGCCCCAGCAACAGCCACCUAUCAAUCUGAGCAACGUGCAUUAUGCCCCGGGCUCGUCAGUCCCGUUGACCCAGCCGGCGGCCGGGAAGUCGGAGAUCCAACCACGCCACUCCCCCCCGUCCCUCUAUUUCCAUCAUUGGGUGCCUCCGGCGCAGUCCCAACUCAACACGCCGGCGGGCAAGACCCGACAGGAAUCCCCCUCGAUGACGGCGCAUCAUCUCGUCGUCCGGACUACCAGAGCUCCCCAGGCCGCAAAAGGAAAGCAUCUGGGCCGCAUCCACCAGCCCCCUUCGUCCCAGAAUUCCCGCCAGGGCUCUCCGGCCGCGAUGGAGCGGCAACCAGUUUCGCAACUCACGCACAUCCGCCAGCGUAGUGAUGAUUCAACCGAGCUUCGGGGCCUGGAGCCGUCCGUCAACCGGAGACCCAGUGUAAACUGCCCCGGGCCACGGGCGAUGGCGUCGACGGAGGAUACCUGCUCCGAGAAGGACCUCACUCGAGCGGAUGACCUGGAUCGCAGCGGAUAUCCGUCUCGCUCGGAUAGCAGUGUCCAUUUCUCGCAUUCGACGUCUCAAGUGCAGUACGCAUCGAGUGUCGAAACCGCUCCUCAUGAAUCCGAUGCAGACAGCAGUCCGGCCUAA